AAAAUUGAGAGAGAAAAUGACGAAGGAAGAAGUAGAGGAGGAGCCUCUAAGCCCGAUGGCUCGGUUAUUCCAGUCACCGGGGAUAGAAAAUUGCAUUAUCACGAUGAUUGGUUUCAAAGCCAAGAUUAAUCCUGACAUCAUUCUAGAUGACUUGAAGCAUAACGUUUCCAAGCAUCCUCGUUUCUGUAGUAAAUUGUCAGAUGAUGGUGAGAGAUGGAUGAAGACCAAAGUCAAUGUAGAAGACCAUGUAUUUGUACCAGACAUAGACCUACAAGAGAUUAACAAAGAUGGAGAUGGCUUCGUCGAUGACUAUGUCUCGCGUCUAACAUUGAGUCCUCUCGAUAAAUCGAAACCAUUGUGGGAUAUUCAUAUCCUCAAUGUCAAAACAUCUGAUGCAGAAGCGGUCGGUGUAAUGAGAUGUCAUCAUUCUUUGGCAGAUGGAAUGUCCUUGAUGUCACUCUUGGUGGCAUGUACCCGAAAAACAUCAAAUCUUGAGUCAUUUCCUACCAUUCCUGCCAUAAAACGGCGUGAACAAAUGAUGUCGCAUCGCUUUGGAAACAAAGGCUGGUAUUCAAGAUCGAUAAACGCAGUUUAUUAUGCCGUGAGAUUAAUUUGGAAUACAAUUGUGGAUCUUCUACUGCUUUGGGCGACUAGUCUUUUUUUUAAGGAUACAGAGACGCCUAUUAGCGAGGGUAUUGGAUCCGGGAAUAAUGCAAGGAGAUUUUAUCACCGAACCGUCUCAUUGGAUGAUAUUAAACUGAUAAAAAAUGCUAUGAAGAUGACUAUCAAUGAUGUUCUACUUGGAGUUACACAAGACGCUCUCUCCCGCUAUCUUAACCAGCGAUAUGGCGACAAAAAUGGUGAGGGUGUAACAACGACAUCGAAUCUAAACAAUCUUCCAGGUAAAAUACGAAUUCGAGCAGGUGUUGCGGUAAAUCUAAGGCAGGAUAUUGGAAUUCAGCCUUUGGAGGACAUGUUGGCCAAGGAUUCGAAAUGUAGAUGGGGAAAUUAUGAUUCCUUAGUUUUUGUUCCAUUCUCCAUAAGUUUGGAAACCGAUCCAUUGGUUCCUUUAUUAAAAGCUAAAUCAAUAAUGGAUCGAAAGAAGCACUCUCUUGUCGCCCCUAUGCAUUAUUCAAUCAUCGAGUUUAUCAUCAAUACUUUCGGAACUAAGGUAUUCAACCGAACAUGUUCGAACACAACAACAAUCUUAUCAAACAUUGUUGGCCCCGUGGAAGAAGUUAGUUUACACGGCAAUUGUAUCACUUACAUUGCUCUAACCGGCUAUGGACACUCGCAAGCACUGAUGAUACAUUUCAUAAGUUACGCGAACAAGAUGAUAAUUACGAUAGCCGUCGAUCCUGCGGUCAUACCAGAUCCUCACAAUAUUUGUGAUGAAAUGGAAAAGUCUUUGAAAGCUAUGAAAGACACUCUUUCCGGUAAAAGUGACUGAUUUGUUGGAAUCCAUGGUUGAAGCUAUACUAAUUUCUGGGAAUAUUCGGUAUGUGUAUGGGUGAUUGUUUACGUGUAGUAUAAUUUAUCUGUAAAAGUUAUAUUGUGUGACUGUAAUUAUGUGUGAACACCGAAAAAUAUGGGUGUAUGAAUCUUCACAGCUCUAUAUUGCAUUAUUUGCGAU